AUGGAAGAUGAGCAAAGUAACAGCUACAACAACAACAGCACCUUGGAUACGGCUAGUGCUGAGAAGUCGGUGCGGUUGAUGAAGUGCCCUCCCGUCGUUUCCAAGGCGGGGGAGUCCGCCGCCGCGGGCGCCGACUCUCCGCCCGUAGCCAAAGACAAGAGGAACGCAGCUCCAAUUAAGGGAUUUGAUGUGAAAAGAACUAGAAGGGACCGUGGGGAGCUGCUUUUUGAAAGGCUGGCUAACUGGACAUUGAAGCAGCUGGUCCAACAGACUGAUCAACCUGCGCAAUUUUUGAAAGAGAUAUUGAAUGAGCUAUGUGUAUACAAUAAAAGGGGAACCAACCAAGGAAUGUAUGAGCUCAAGCCAGAGUAUAAGAAAUCUGUUGAAGAUACAGUCAGUGCUAAUGAUUGGAUGAACUGA